GCUAUAGCCCAAGAAUACUUUAUAGACGACUCUGAUAGAGAAAUUGAAGAAAUACCUUGGAGCAAGCAAGAUUGCAAAAAACUUUAUAGCAACAACUUAACCAAGAAUUUGGCUGUGAAAUUACCUGGAACAGUUAAACGUGGUUAUAAAUCUGGGCCAGAACCUAUAGACAUUGAUGAAAUAUACCUAAUUGAAGUAUCUAGAUGGGAAGAGCCAACUCAAGGUCUCGAAUUCGAAGAAAAUGAGAAAAACUAUCCUACCUAUACCAACUUUGAACAAAGUUGGUAUGAGACCAACAACAACGACUCAUUUUCAGAAUUCCCCAAUAUGGACCUUGACUCUGAGGAAUGGUUACAAUCGAUGGAUGAAUACAUCAAUUGGGAAUACUACGAUUUUCUAUAA